AUGACACAGCCUUCUUCUAAGAAAGUUGCUCCAGCUCCAUUUGCUACUAAAGCAAAAGGUCCUAUUAAACCAAAGAACCCUUUAAUUGAAUCUAGUCCUAAGAAUUUCGGUCUUGGACAAUCGAUCCAACCAAAGAGAAACUUAUCUAGAUUUGUUAAAUGGCCAGAAUAUGUUAGAUUACAAAGACAAAAGAAGGUUUUGUCUUUGAGAUUGAAAGUUCCACCAUCUAUUGCACAAUUUAGCCAAACCUUGGACAAGAACACUGCAGCCCAAACUUUCAAAUUGUUCAAUAAAUAUAGACCAGAGACUGCUUCUGAGAAAAAGGAAAGAUUAACCAAGGAAGCUGCAGCUGUAGCUGAAGGUAAAUCCGCCAAGGACGUUUCACCAAAACCAAUCAAUGUCAAAUAUGGUUUGAACCAUGUUGUUUCUUUAAUAGAGAACAAAAAGGCAAAAUUAGUUUUGAUUGCAAAUGAUGUUGAUCCAAUCGAAUUGGUUAUUUUCUUACCAGCCUUGUGUAAAAAGAUGGGUGUUCCAUAUGCUAUCGUUAAGGGUAAAGCCAGAUUAGGAACUUUGGUGCACAAGAAGACUUCCGCAGUAGCUGCAUUAACUGAAGUUUCAUCUGCUGAUGAAUCUGAAUUGACUAAAUUGAUAUCGACUAUUGAUGCUAAUUACUUGCAGAAAUACGAAGAGAACAAGAAACACUGGGGUGGUGGUAUAAUGGGCUCAAAGGCUAAUGAUAAAAUCGCUAAGAAGCGAAAGGCUAUUGCCAAUGCUGCAUCUACAAGUAGUAAUUAA